CCGUUGCCAGUUCACCUCCAGCAUAACGGGGUAGGUUCUUCUCUCCCACCUCUCAGUGAUCACCAGUAGUACUGCCAUUCCCCAAUCCGCCUCAACCGCCUCCCCAGCUUCCAUGGCUCGGAGCAACCCGGGGCUUCUCCUGGGGCUCCUGCUGCUGCGGCUCAAUUGGUGCUUGGCCGUGGAUGGCGGAGGCGCGGAGGAAGGGGGCGGCGUGUUUCCGGUGGUGGUGAGCACCUGGCCGUUCCGGGAGGCGGUCAGGGCGGCGUGGGACGUGGUGAAAACCGGCGGCGCAGGGGGGUCGGCUGUGGAUGCCGUCGUCGCUGGCUGCUCCGCCUGCGAGGAGCUCCGCUGCGAUGGCACAGUUGGUCCAGGUGGAAGUCCAGAUGAGAAGGGUGAAACUACCUUAGAUGCUCUUAUCAUGAAUGGGAAAACAAUGGAAAUUGGAGCUGUGGCUGCCAUGAGAUAUGUGAAGGAUGCAAUUAUGGCAGCAAAGUUGGUCAUGGAGCACACUGGGCAUACUCUUCUUGUUGGAGAGAAGGCAACAUCCUUUGCAAUUUCAAUGGGUCUUGCAGGACCAACUAACCUGAGUUCACCAGAGUCAAUUGAGAAAUGGUCAAAUUGGAGACAGAAUAAUUGCCAACCUAACUUUUGGAAAAAUGUUGCUCCUGCUGGCAACUGUGGUCCAUACCAUCCUAUAAAUAUACCUAAGGACCCUGUUAAAAGUGCUGUAUGGGAGAAUCAAGGAAUCACCUGUCAGGAAUGGCUCCAAAAUGAUAAUUUACUAGAACCGACAAGCUCCCAUUUCAACUCUGUUAAUCGUCACAACCAUGACACAAUCUCUAUGGCCGUCAUUGACAAGAUGGGUCAUGUAGCAGUUGGCACAUCAACUAAUGGUGCCACGUUCAAAAUUCCAGGAAGGGUAGGUGAUGGACCAAUACCAGGAUCUUCUGCAUAUGGUGAUGAUGAAGUUGGGGCUUGUGGAGCUACUGGUGACGGUGAUAUUAUGAUGCGCUUCCUUCCAUGUUAUCAAGUGGUGGAGAGCAUGCGACUUGGAAUGGAGCCUCGAGAUGCUGCCGUGGAUGCGAUAUCCAGAAUUGCUCGUAAGUACCCAGAUUUUGUUGGUGCUGUAUUUGCGCUUAACAAGAAAGGAGUGCAUGCUGGGGCGUGCCAUGGAUGGACCUUUCAGUAUUCUGUCAGGAAUUCCAGCAUGCAGGAUGUGGAGGUCAUCACAGUAACACCUUAACAUAGGCAGAUCAUUAUUAAAACAAAAGGCUGAUUCGCCAAUAAGGUGUAUUCCUUUAUGUCAAGUUCUCUGCAUUCACUCCCAUGGUAAUGCAACAAUAUCAUGUGGGGCUUGUUCUCGAGUCUUAUAUUGGACUGCAGUUUUCUAUUGAAACUGCCAUGUUAUAUAAUGGUAGUAGAUUCAUUGAAUGCAUUGUAGACUUCUCGAGAAAAGGCUGGAAUUGCACACAGUCAACUUUUGUCU